CUCGGAUCCGUUUCUCACGGUCCUGCAGGGGCCUGGAAGCGGCCGAGACCGAACAAGGCGAAAAGCCUUCCGAACUAACCUAGGACCUCGAAUGGUGCCCGCCCUUCCUAUAGCAUGCCUGGGUCGGCAGGGCCCCGGGCCGCCUGGGCCCGCCCGUUCGGCUCGCGCUCUCGCUGGUGGCGGCCUGCGUGGUGUCCGGCCUGCUGCUCGUCUUCCUGCCCCUGCCCUGCGGGGCUGCGUUCGGCGAGGCCGCGCCCGGCAGCUGCCCCGCCGCGGCCGCGCGCCGGCUGAUCCUGACCAGCGACGGCCUCACGCACGAGGCGUUGCGGGCCGAGUUCCGCGCCAUGAGCCCGCCGG